UGCCGGAUGUGACGUAUCCUUCACGCUCAUGUCUCCGCCAGUGUUUUUAAAAAAGCGGCGGUUGCUCGCUCGAGCACCAUUUGGUGUACUUUAGAUCUUAUUUAUCGCUGUUUCCUGGCACAGUUACAAAUCGGACCCUGGUGUGUUUCUGCAAAGUCGUAAGCUCCCUUCCUGGACCAGGACCAUGCAGAAUCAGCAGCAUGCAGAGGAGCAGGGCCUCCUGGGCUCGCUGUGUCCUGGGCAGAAGAAGCUGGAGGGGAAGACUUUCUAUCUGGACAGUGUGAAGAAGCGUGCAACAGCCCUACUUUUGGAGGCCAUAUCUUUCCUGGGAGGGAGAGUUGAGAGUUACUUGCACAAAGACGUGAGCUUUGUUGUAACUGGAACUCAGGAAGGCGUGAGUGAGCAGAAGGGCACAGAUACCAACAGCAGAGCAAAGGAGACGAGUGAGAAAGCCAGGAUUCCUGUAAUUACUCGGGAGAGUGUCUCCAUCAAUGGCAAACCAAGACCAGGAACUCCCAGAUUAAUGGUGUGUGGCAGCCGUGGGAAGGCCCUGCUUGAAAAAGCUAUUCACAACAAUGAACGUCUGAAGGGCAGCAGUGUUUUGGCGAACGCCCGAUCCUGGGGUGUGAAGAUUCUCUUUGUGGACGAUGUGCUUUUACAUUUGAAACAGCUGACUCGAGACAGCCUCAGUGCCAUACACAAGAGGCCAGAGAGAACUCGUACGAAACAAGGUGCUUAUGUUGUCAAAGCUGCAGCUCUGAGGUCUCCAUAUCUUAAGAUUGAAGAUUCGAGCAGGAAAUACAAACCCCUGCACAUGCAGUCUGUGACCUUCCCGUCGCUGUGGUACUCUGGACGAUUUAGUCCUUUUGAAUCUCCUCCUCCUCCUCUCUUUGACAAAGAGACAGGGCAAAGAGAAACUAAAACUAGAGAGAAGAAAAAAGUGGAAAGUAGCGUUCAGGACAAAUCCCUAACCCCACUCAGCUACAACCCUUCACCCUGGCGACCACGCAAAAAGGACAUCUCCUACUGUGAAUGCUGCCAUCAACCCUUUAAUAACCUGGAGGAGCACUUACAGUCUGAUCAGCACCGUGCGUUCGUGCUGGAUCUCUCAAACUACAGCGUGCUGGACCAGCUUGUGGCCGAGAUGCUUCCAGGAUUCGACCCUAACCCACCUGAACAACAGAAGGAAACGCUGAACCAACCACCUAGUCUUUUACACACAGAGGAUGUCUGUGAACUGGAGCCUCUCACUGAUGCUGAGACUGAACAAGCUGUUCAGGCCCUGCAGUCAUUCAACGCUCACACCUUCAUCCCGUCACCAGGAGUUCAGUCUCUCUCACCUGCUAGCAUCCAGCCUGUCGAUCCUCAAACAGACUGCAGGCUUCCUCUCAGUCCAGCCAUGCCUGUGCUGGAUGCUGAACCACAAACCAACCACUUAGCCAACCAGCAGCCCGACACUCAUAAUCUCUCCCCCUGCAUUUCCACGGACCCUUACUCCCUGCCUCCAGUUCUCAGCCCACAAGUCUCACUCAUGAUGGAGCCACACAGCCCAUACUCAGAGCCUCCUGUCCUCAGUCCUCAGCAGUACACUGUGGACAAGGCUGUGGAGGGACUCACCUGUGAAAUAGACAGCUUAGAGAAUAUGUCUCAGUUUGUUCGAGCUGUCACAACUCCUGUCUCUUCCCCAUUUCUUUCCUCUGUGAACCUGACGGAUACAGACGACAUAAUAAGAUCAAACAAAGACUCGCUUUUGGGAUUGAGUGAGAUUGUGUGUUCAAGAAAGGAUUGGGAGUGUUCGCUUCCAUCACGCAGAUCUUGUUCCCUUCCUCGACAGUUAGCGACGGCACCAAACCCAAAAAAGCGCUGUAGAUCAGCCAGCCCUGAACCCAACCAAAGCAAAAGGAGGAGGAUUACAGAACGGCGAUAUAAAUCUGAAGAAACAGAAAGAGACAUUAGGGCAAACCAUGAGGGCUGUUUGUCUUUUGACAAGCUCUCCUGUCUGCUGUCACAGCAAAAACUCUCUCCAUCAUGCACUGGUGGAACACUUCCUUUAAACAGACGUUUACAUUGUUUUCUGUUCCUGCUGUACAGAAUUUCACUCUGGCACUAAAUCAAAUGGACACCUUGGUCAGAGUGCUUCUUCUGCCGCGAAUCAACCAUCAUGGCCACUCUUAAAAUCAAAGACUUUCGAUCCUCCGCUUCCCUUCCCUACUGACAAAUCUCUGUCCAGUCAAGACUCUCAACGUUCAUUAUCCCUCUCCACCUCAGUGUGCAUCGAGCCGGCCCUCAUACCGGACUUAGCCGCGCUCUGCCCGUCAUCAUCAGACUCUGACUGGGACUGCGACCUGCUGUCACGGCUGGGGCAGACCUCGGCCACUCCCCCGCCUCCCAGCGUGCAGGGCUGCGAGCUCGACAAGGAGCUCCUCCACAGGCCGUGCACCUGGAUGCAUGACACCAGCUACGAGUCCCGUCUGCACAACGUCCUGGAAGCGCCCAAAACGGCGAGCUUGCUGUGCGGAGAGGAAAUGGACCCCACUGCCUUUUCCAGGACUGUGGUGCAGAUUGUUGAGGUUCAGCACUGACGUUUACUUUUUCGGGGAUUAUCCUGAAGAUCUGGAGGAGCCAUCAUUUGAAAGCUGUGACAGGCAUUAGGUGGAACAAGUUUCAGACUUUGAAUCUACUUGAACUCAUCAAAAUAAGUCAAUGAAAUUUACACUGAAUAAAUAUUUAAAACCUAGAACAAACUGAAAUGAACUAUCAAGCUGUUCUAGAGAUACAGAUUUUUAACCGUAGUCUUAUUUUUUCUAUAAAUGUUACCAACUUGUUGCAUCCUAAAGUGAAUUUAAAGAGCCAGCCGUGGGGUUUAUUGAUGCAAUUGUCUUCUCAACCCCUAAUCCUCAUGUGAAGAUAGCCCUUAGCAGUAUACUGUGUGUGUCGUGCUGACUGCAGUUUCUGAGCGGCUAUGUCCGGGAACACAUGGUGGUAUUGAGAAUUUAAUGAGGCAUUUCUGAAGGGGGCAUUACUCAAUUACUGUGAGUGCUGCGUCUGGACCAGAUCCCACUCUCACUGGCGUUCAGGCGUUAGUGGAGUGGAGAACUCGCACAACAUGCAAGACAGAAAUCUGUCUGAUUAAUGUCAAAUGGCUUUUCCUGCCUUUUGAAGGUGGGCCAGAGGACUGUGUGUCACUGUGUGUGUGUUUAUCUUCUUUCAUCUGAUUUUGAAGUGCAAGGUCAUUUCUCAUCAUAACAGAAGCAAACAUCAAAGCUCAAUAAAUCCCACGUCGUCCUCAAAUUGCACCCCCUGCAUGUCUUAUGUGGACAUUUAAAACAAAUGAAGACCAUUACAAGGGAUAUGAUAACCUCAUGACUCUCAGGGCUCUUACAGGAAACAGUCUUUCCUUGUAGAGUGUUUUUUUUAAAUAAAUGCUUUUAACCAGAAA